AUGAGUAGUGAACGUGCAUCAGGUAUAUUAUUACACAUCACAAGUUUACCAAGUCCGUACGGUAUCGGCGACUUUGGUCCUGAAGCGUACAAAUUCGUUGACUUUCUACAUGAGACAAACCAAAAACUAUGGCAAAUACUACCAUUAACUCCGACUGAGAAAUGUUCACCCUAUUCUAGUGUAUCAGCAUUUGCUGGCAAUCCAUUGUUGAUUAGUCCUGAUAAAUUAUGUGAUAUGAAAUUAUUGACGAAAGAAGAUUUGAUUCUACCAUCUGCAUAUUCCUUCGAUGAUAAAUAUGUAAAAUUUAAACAUGUAACAGAAUACAAACAUAUGAUUUUGAGAAAAGCAUUUGAAAAUUUCAGCAACAAAAAACGCGCCAAUAUCAUACUGAAAGAAUUUCUUCAAUCCGAACAUGACUGGCUUGAUGAUUAUUCGUUAUACAUGACAAUUAAAGAACGACAAAAUAAAAAAUCCUGGUCAGAAUGGUCACGUGAUCUGAAAUUCCAUCAGAAAGACAAAUUACAACAAGUGCGUGAAACACAACAGAAUACAAUUGCAUAUCAUAUUUUUACUCAAUAUAUAUUUCAUGAACAAUGGACACAUUUAAAAAUCUAUGCAAAUCAAUUAAAUGUUAAACUUAUCGGUGAUAUACCUAUUUAUGUUGAUUAUAAUUCAGCGGAUGUAUGGUCAAAUACAGAGAUAUUUCAAUUAGAUAAUAGUACAUUACUUCCAUCUGUUGUUUCAGGUUAUCCACCGGAUGACUGUAGCACAAAUGGACAAAAUUGGAAUACACCAAUUUAUAAUUGGAAUGAUAGUUUGAAAAAGCCUGCAGUAUUUAAUUGGUGGAUAAAACGUUUAGAAAAAACACUGCAAAUGGUGGAUAUUGUCCGUAUCGAUCAUUUUCGUGGCCUUGAAUCCUAUUGGUCGAUUCCUGUCGACGCCAAUCAUGUUCCCUUGCAACCAAAAGAUGGUCAAUGGGUAAAAGGACCAGGAGCUGAGUUUUUCCAUGCUAUUUUUAACGCAUUAGGAAAAGACUUACCUCUCAUCGUUGAAGAUCUCGGCAAUAUAACGAAAGAAAUCGUUGAGCUACGCGAACAAUUCAAUCUGACGGGCAUUCGAAUCCUGCAAUUUGCCUUUACUUUCCAACCAGACAAUCUUCAUCUUCCGCACAACUAUCCACCGAAUUGCACUGCAUAUACAGGCACGCAUGAUACUCUAACAGUUGUCGGCUGGUGGACACAUCAUGCAUCGAAAGAGGAGAAGAAGAACUUUCUCGAAUAUAUUAAUAUUCCGAUCAUGCACGAUGACGACGAUUAUGAGCAACUGGGUAAUCAAGAUAUUGUUAUAUCUUAUCUAGAUAAACAUAUCAACUGGUAUUUUAUACAAAUGGUUUUGGCAACAGUUGCUAAUCGUACUAUUAUCGAAUUUCAAGAUGUACUCGGCCUAAAUAAUGAUUGCCGAAUGAAUGAUCCAUCAUUGUCAUCAGAUCCUGAUUGUGAUGGUCCGCAAAAUUGGGCAUGGCGAUUCACUUGGACAAUGGUGCGUGACAAAUUUCGAGAAAAAUUGAAAUUCUUCACGAAUAUUUAUAAUCGGAAAUAG